CGAGCAUUUUGCUGACAUGCCAGAGCGAAGCAGAGUGUCUUUCGGACAACAGGCUGAGUUGGGACACAGGACUGAGAAGCUCCUGCUAGCUUCACCAAAUCCAGCAGUUGAGACUUCGUGAGGGCGAGAACAUCAUGUUUUAGUAGGAAAACAUCUCCCUCUUGUGGCACACAAGGACAUGCUGAUCUCACUCUGCCAGACUUGGCUCAUCUAUGUGCCCCUUCUGUGGUUUGUGACCGACGGGAUGCCCGACCCCACUCAGAGGGACUCGUUGAUACGACAGGAGGUGUCCAGACAGACGGGAGGCCGAGUGAUUCUGACAGCGGCCGAGCAGAAGCUGGACUCUUACCUCCAUCAGUUAAAGGAGCAGGAGAUGUCUGCUGCUCAGUUCCCUCCUGCCAUCCACUUCUUCAAAGCAAAGCCUCUCAUCCAGACGAGCUCAGUCUUCAAACUGCUGCAGAAGAUGCCAAAAGGUGCAGCCCUCCACAUCCACAGCUCGUCUCUGGUCAGCGCUGAGUGGCUGGUGAAAAACGUCACCUACAGACCUCACUGCUACAUCUGCUUCACCUGGGACAACUCGGUCCGCUUCCUGUUCUCAGACCGCCAGCCCUUCCCACGGUGGGACUGCUUCUACUGGCAGCUGCUCCAGACCUUGAGAGCCAAAGUAGGAGACCCUGCGGCCUUCGAUAACAGUUUGAUGCAGCACCUCACGCUGUUCACAGAGGAUCCAGACGGUGAAUAUCCAAGCCAAGAUGUUGUGUGGGAGAAGUUUGAGAAAGCCUUUAUUGCAGCUGCAGGACUAAUUACACAUGCCCCGGUGCUGAGGGACUACUACUAUAAGGGCCUGGAUGAACUUCACCAUGACAACAUCCUGUAUCUGGAACUAAGGAGCAGUCUUUCAAGGACGUAUGAACUUGAUGGAACAAUCCAUGACAAGGUCUGGACUCUGAAAACGUUUCAAGAAGUCACAAAGAGAUUUAUAGGAGAUCAUCCGGACUUUCUUGGAGCCCGAAUCAUCGUUUCUGUCCACAGGGCUCUGACUGUAUCUGAGGUCAAAGCAGCUAUAAAAGAAGCCAUUCAGCUGCGAAAGGACUUUCCAGAUGUUGUUGCAGGAUUUGACAUGGUUGGCCGGGAGGACAGUGGAGGGACCCUUUGGUUCUUCAGAGAGGCUCUUUCUCUUCCGGCUGAACUUGGUGUCACGUUGCCAUACUUCUUUCACGCAGGGGAGACAGAUGACGAAGGCUCCAACGUCGAUCAAAAUAUUCUUGACGCCCUGCUUUUCAACACCACUCGCAUUGGACACGGCUUCGCUUUGGCUCACCAUCCACUGGCCAAAGAGCUUUCCAGGAAAAGAAACGUUGCUGUGGAGCUUUGUCCCAUCUCAAACCAGGUGCUGAAGCUGGUAUCAGAUCUGAGGAACCACCCUGCAGCUGUGCUAAUGUCUGAGGGCCACCCGAUGGUGAUCAGCUCUGAUGACCCAUCUCUGUUCGGCACCACAGGCCUCUCCUAUGACUUUUAUGAAGCAUUUGUGGGCAUUGGAGGACUGAAAGCAAACCUUGGCACGCUGAAAGAGCUGGCUGUCAACUCUAUCAGGUACAGCUCGCUGCCAGCUCAUCUGAAGGACACAGGACUGGACAUGUGGCAGAAAAAAUGGGACGCCUUCAUCUCUGACAAUUCAUGACAACCAACCACAACGGAUCCUGUUUGACUUGAAUGGCUUUUGGAACGACACUAAACUAAAACAGACAUUUAGAAGCCAUUAGCAGUGUUUUAUUUAAAAAUAUGAGUGGAUAUCGCUUCUGUGGAGCUUUCAUAUCUUUGUAAAAGACAGGCUGUUCAUUUUGGGGAAUGUUCUGGUCUGACAUGGGAAAGUAGGUCAUGCAAAUAUCUUAAAACUCUCUGUAAUACUUCUCCUUUUCCUAAAACAGCCACAAAGAAGCUUUGCAAUAAACCUGUAGGUGAGAAAAACGAUUCUCCAGCCAUUCAAUGUCCUCUGGGGACAGUUUAGUUCAGUACAACAGUAGUCAAAGAUACCCUCAGUACAUCUUUUGUUGUAACACAAAACUCUUGUUUUACAAGGACAUUUCAAUGCUAAAUAAAAUUUUAACAGAAAUUUUCCAGGAAUUCUAUGGGAAUUGUCCUGGAAUUUUAUGAAAAUCUCAAAACUUUUCAUAGAAUUUUCUGGGAAUUUUCCUGGAAUUUUAUGGGAAAGUAUUGCUUUCA